GUCUCGUGUAAGACGUGCGUGUUGUAGACUGCAUUGAUUGAUUUUCUAUAUACUCGGUUUAUUACUUGAAUGAUUGUUACGGUUAAGCGAAUACAUUUUCGGAUACGGUUCAAAGCAGAUUCUGUGCUGUUUGAUUUAAGCUAGUUAUUGAUUGGCGUUGGAAUUGUAUGAGACAUUGAGUAGUUUAUAGUUGUGGUUGAUUGAAGUUCUGUGCAGUGAUUCAGACCUCGAGAAUGUCGUCAGACAUCAUAUGGAUGCUGACGGUAAACUAAUUUUCUGGAAGAGUGGGUUAUGGGAGGGAGGGUUGCCCACCAUCAGGUGUGACACCUGUAAGAAGCGACAGGUCGAUAAAAUGAAUGCAAAAACACUAGAGAGGCCUCAGGGUGAGUUAAAGAAGUUAUCGGAGGAGAGUCUCACGCGGCAACCGGAGGAGGUUUUUGACAUCAUAUGCAAGCUCGGAGAGGGUUCCUAUGGCAGUGUAUAUAAGGCAUUACACAAAGAGAGCGAGCAGGUGCUCGCGAUCAAGCAGGUGCCGGUGGACACGGACCUGCAGGAGAUCAUCAAGGAGAUCUCCAUCAUGCAGCAGUGCGACAGUCCAUACGUAGUUAAAUAUUAUGGAAGCUAUUUUAAGAACACUGAUCUCUGGAUCGUGAUGGAGUACUGCGGGGCGGGUUCAGUAUCAGAUAUAAUGAGGUUACGGAAGAAAACGUUGUCAGAAGACGAGAUAGCGACGAUCCUGUGCGACACGCUCAAGGGGCUGGAGUACCUGCACCGGCGGAGGAAGAUCCACAGGGACAUUAAAGCUGGGAACAUAUUGCUCAACAUGGAGGGUCACGCCAAACUGGCCGACUUCGGCGUCGCGGGACAGUUGACGGACACGAUGGCGAAGCGGAACACGGUGAUCGGCACGCCGUUCUGGAUGGCGCCGGAGGUGAUACAGGAGAUCGGCUACGACUGCGUGGCGGACAUCUGGUCGCUCGGCAUCACCGCGCUCGAGAUGGCGGAGGGCAAGCCCCCAUACGGGGACAUACACCCCAUGCGGGCCAUAUUCAUGAUACCGACCAAGCCGCCCCCCUCCUUUCGAGAGCCGGACCAGUGGUCGCCGGAGUUUAUAGACUUUGUGAGUCAGUGCCUAGUCAAGAAUCCGGAGGAGAGGGCCACCGCUGAGUAUUUGUUGACCCACGAGUUUAUAGGCAAUGCGAAACAACCGAGUAUCCUCAGCCAAAUGAUACUGGAGGCGGGCGAAAUACGCGAGAGCCAGGCGUACAGGAACGCAAUGAACGCGAACAAUGCGAAAACGUUCGCUGCGGGCGGGGGCUGCGGGGGCGGCGGGGGCGGCGCGGGGGAGCUGUACAGCGCGGACACGCUGAAGCAGGCGGGCACGCUGGUGCCGGCGCGCGACGGCUCGGCCGAGCUGGCGGCCGGCCUCGCCACCAUGGUCAUCAACGAGCCGCACGACCUCGCCACCAUGAAGCGUCACGACACGGACCCGAUGGACACGCACAAGCCGCGCUACCGGCCGCUGUUCCUGGAGCACUUCGAGCAGAAGGAGGCGGGCGGGCGCGCGCCGCCCGCGCCCCCCGCGCCCCUCGCGCCCCCCGCGCCCCCCGCCGCGCCCGCGCCGCCCGCGCCCCGCGCGCCCCCCGCCAACGGCACCCGCCCCGCGCCCGACACGCUCAGCUCGGCGGUGGCGGAGCUGGCGGGCGGCGCGAGCGUGGGCGCGCUCAUCGAGUCGGGCAACUUCGAAUUCCUGUCGUACCUGUCGGAGGGCGAGCUGGAGGCGCUGCAGGCGCGGCUGGACGUGGAGAUGGAGGCGGAGAUCGAGCGCCUGCACGCCGCCUACGAGCGCAAGCGCCGCCCCAUCCUCGACGCCAUCUCGCUCAAGCGCAAGCGCCAGCAGAACUUCUAGCGGCCCCCCCGCGCCCCGCCCCCGCUGCGCUAGCCCCGC